AUGACGACAACGACACCCGCGUCUACGAGCCCAUCUUCCUAUCUGGAGCGAGCCGCUGAAAAGCGUGCCAGCCAACUUGCUCUCAUUCCGAUCGAAUGGCGAUUAUCUGCAAUCCCUUCACCAGACUCGAAACCCAACGCACUCACAAUCAUACGGGUGGAACUAACACCACGCGAGCUCGCAUUGACCGAGGAAACAAAUAUCACGGCACUUCUGUGCAAACUGUCCUCUGCGGAAAUAUCGUCGUUGGAGCUGACCAGAGCCUUCGCCAAGCGCGCUGCAUUGGCACAUCAACUUACGACCUGCUGCACAGAGAUCCUCUUUGAAGAGGCAUUUGCGACGGCGAAGCAAUUGGACGAAUAUCUCGCGCGAACUGGAACACCGAUUGGUCCACUACAUGGAUUACCCGUCUCUAUCAAGGAUCUGUUCUCCGUGAAGGGGGUAGACACAUCCAUAGGAUGGGUCGGUUUGACUAAUAAUCCAGCUCCGGCCGACAAAGCUGUAGCACAAACGUUACGUCGCCUGGGCGCGGUCUUGUACGUCAAGACAAACCUCCCACAGUCGAUGAUGAUGUCCGACUCGUAUAAUCAUGUAUUUGGGCAAUGUGUUCAUCCACUGAAUCGAAGGUUGAUCUCCGGAGGUAGCUCUGGCGGAGAAUCGACACUGGUGGCCGCUAGAGGUAGCGCACUGGGCAUUGGAACAGAUCUGGGUGGUUCGAUUCGAAUCCCUGCAAGUUUAUGCGGGAUAUACGGCUUGUCACCAAGUCCGGGAAGACACCCAUAUGAACGUGGAAAUCCGGGACAGGAUAUAAUUCGCUCAGUCGCAGGCCCUAUGAGUUGCAGUUUAGCAAGUAUCGAACGGUACAUGGAGGCUUUACCGUCUGCUUUGCCCUGGGAAAUCGACCAGCAUGUUGCGCCUGUACCGUGGCGACGAAGUCUAGCAGCGCUUCCUACCAAGCGAUUGCGGAUUGGAUUCUUGGUGGACGAUGGCGUGGUCAAAGUGCAACCGCCGAUUGAUCGAGCAGUGCGAGAGACGGUGAAUGCACUCAGAAAUGCGGGCCAUGAAGUGUUCGAAUGGGAUCCUUCGUCGCAUGCGUAUGCAUAUCAGUUAUGGGAGAAAGCGAUCCUUUCCGAUGGCGGCGAAGGUUGCCGCAAAAAGAUUGAGAUGACGGGGGAACCGUUGAUUGAAGGAAUGCUCGUAGGCACCGAGAAAGAUAUUCUCACUACGUCCGAGACUCACCAGCUUCACGCAGACAAAUAUCUCUAUGAAAGCAAAUAUCUCGACCGGUGGACAACUUCCAAGAUCGAUGCUUUAAUCAUGCCCAACACCCCAUGGGUUGGUUAUGAGCCGUGGACUUGGGUCAAAUCCAACGCAUAUGUUGGAUAUACCAGUAUCUGGAAUCUACUGGGCUAUGCUGCCCUGGCUGUGCCUGCGACUGUCGUAUCGAAGGACAAGGAUCUACCGGAUCAAGAAUGGCUGGAUCAUGUCCCACGAAAUGCUGGGGACAAAUUCAACAAAGAGCAGUAUGAUAUCAACUUGAUCGAUGGAAUGCCCGUUGGAAUACAAGUGGUCGGCGGUCGAUUCGGCGAGGAGAAAUGUGUGUCAGUGGCCAAGGUUAUAGAACAGGCCAUGCGCUGGGAGAAUAGUGCGCGGCCAAAUCUGUGA